AUGAUUCUUCGCUUCAGAUCCAAAGAUGGCAUGUUCAGAAUCUCUGUCACUGACUCAGAUCUUUUCCUUUCGGCGCUCGAGCAGGUGUUGACCAAGGUCUCUGUGGCAGACCCUACUCAACUUCAUGUCAGUGAUUCACAAGGCCAAAAAGGCACCUUAGCUGCCGAAUUUGCAGGCAAAACCGUUGCUGACUUAAACCUCAAGAAUGGAGAUAUUCUCUACUUGACUUAUGAACUGAAUAACUCUGAGGUUGCUGCUUCAGAGCCUAGAAUGGCCCAAUCAGUCAAUGGAAACGUAAGCGUGGACAUCGGCAGCGAUGUGGCGCUGAUUGUGCCGUCUAAACCAUCACAGAUUGUUCAAUUGUCUGUGGAUGAUGAGCUAGACAAGCAGGACGGGCUUAUCCCGCGACCAAAGUCCCAUUUCUGUCGCCAUGGAGACAAAGGCAUGUGUGAAUACUGUUCGCCGUUGCCGCCUUGGGACAAGGAGUACUUGAAGGAGAACGGAAUCAAGCAUAAGUCGUUUCAUGCACAUUUGAAGGAGCUCAACGAGAACAAAAAUAACAAGAAUAAGGCAUCGUCAUACAUAGCUCCUUUGGAGCAACCAAAUUACUCCAUCAACUUGAAUUGUGGAGGUGGCCAUGCUCCAUUCCCCAAGGGAAUCUGCUCCAAAUGCCAACCAGCACCUAUCACGCUUAGUCAACAGGAUUUCCGGAUGGUGGACCAUGUGGAGUUCGCAGACCACCUGUUGCUUAACAAUUUCAUUGAAACAUGGAGACAGUCGGGAGUUCAGCGGUACGGCGUGCUCUACGGCCGCUACGAGGCAUUCGACAAGGUACCACUCGGCAUUAAGGCUGUGGUGGAGGCCAUCUACGAACCACCACAGGCCGGUGAACUGGACGGAAUUACCUUGUUGAACUGGGAAAAUGAACAGGAAGUGAACGAGGUGGCCAAUGCCUUAGGGCUCUCGGCCGUAGGUGUUGUAUUCACAGAUUUGACAGACUCGGGUGCUCGUGAUGGCUCUGUGCUCUGCAAAAGACACAAGGACUCGUAUUUUUUGUCAUGUCUUGAGGUGCUCAUGGCUGCCCGAAACCAGAAUGCUCAUCCAAACGUUUCCAAAUACGCCGACUCAAGCAAGUACUCAUCCAAAUUCGUUACUUGUGUGGUUACAGGCAACUUGAAGGGCGAAAUUGAACCUCGUGCUUAUCAGGUUUCUGCCAGUGCCGAGGCAUUGGUGACUGCUGACGAUAUUGGUGCAUCUACACAUCCCAAUUUACUCUACAUCAACGAGACCAGUGGCAAACGAUACGUGCCGGAUAUUUUCUACUCGAAGAUCAAUGAGUACGGACUUGAGGUGAAAACAAACGCCAAGCCAGCGUUCCCAGUCGACUACUUGUUGGUAACAUUACUGGACUCGUUCCCGUUGGACCCUACACCUGAGUUUACUCUGCAGUUCCCGAUCGAGAACAGAGACUUCCUUGGCGAUUUGCAGGACUUGAAGGCGGUGAGUAGACAAUUACAACUGGGUGCAAGCGAUGGAUCUCAGCUUUGUGAUUUCCAUUUCUUGAUCUACCUCCAUAGAAUGGGUGUGUUGAGCAAAGACGAGUAUGGCUUGAUUGCUCGUUAUGUGAAGGACAGAAAGUACGAGGACUACUUGCAUUUAGUGGAGUCGAGUGGAUGGAUGACGCUUCUUACAAUUUUGGAGCAAAGUCUCUAA